AUGUUAAAUUUGACAAGACUUGUACUUUACAUGAGACCCGACUUUUGGGAGUUUAAUGAGUUCUUAGAUGAAACAUAUCAGAAGAGACCUACUGUAGCCAAUUACUGUGCGAAAACUGUUUACAAUGGAAAUAAGUUUUUAAUCAGCAGAAAAUUAUUUGAGAACGACCAAUGUACGCAAAAGAAAAAUACUACUACAGAACUGGACAGUAAAUGUGUAUCAAAUUUGACUCUUUAUCAUGAGCUGUUGGAUGUAAACAAUGACGGUGUUGUAUCUAUCGAAGAUUUAAAGGAAUUGACUGAACGUUUUUCAAAACUCAACGACAUGACGGACGAACAAAGCUUUAUGUUCAGCAGAGUUAUCGAAAAUUUAUGGUACAAACAUUGGGGAUGCAUUGAUCCGUUCGAUUACGUUACGGUAGAGAAAUAUUUGAAGUAUAUUCAGUACGUAAAACAAAACGAUGGCCUGGAGGAUGACGUUGUUAAACUAUUGCCAUACUUAUUUAAGGCUGUUGACAAAGACCAGAACGGUGAUAUCUCAAAAGAAGAAUAUAUUAAGUUUUUAGAAUGUAUUGGGACAUCAAAGAAGGCUAACUUAAUCAAGUCAUUGGGCAUUAUAAACGACAAAGAUGAUACAAUUAAACUGGAAGAUUUAAUGUUGAUCAUUAAACAUCAUUUGUUUCACAAUAAACAUAAAGUUGAAGAUAAAAUAGUCGACAACGGCACCAUUAGCUAUAAGUAUAACUAACAAUAGUUAUAAAUUUAUAACUAAUAUCAUCGAUAUUUUAUUACAAAUUCUAAUAUCAAUAAUUUAAGA